AUGCAUCUGGCCGAGGAGCGCGUCUCAUUGUCCUUCCUGGACGAGAGAGCACUGGGACUGGAGCGCCUCAAAUGGGUUUACGAUGAGAAUCCCUGGACUAGUCAGCUAGGUGGAAUGAGUAAAAUGUCGCCGGCUACUCUCGACGCACUGAACAUCCUACUGAGUCCAAUUCUACUGCCGGGGGAUGUACAGCCCAUACGUGAGGCAAUUGAUCAAGGUUCUAUCGACAGAGCGGCCCUCCAAGAUGCCGCAGAUUUUAUCAGAGGCCGAGAAAUCUACGAGCAAGCCUACAACACAGCACCAGAGGCAUUGAACCAUGGCAUCUAUGGCUGCAUGCUACAGCGAUUCAUGGUAACGAGAUGCCCCAUCGAAUGUCCAGACCAAGCAGGCGACAAGGGCAUGAAUCUUCCAGCACAACAUGUGGAAUCUGGUUCCCCAGAGGUUGAUAUCAGCGAGUCUCUUACCACCAAUGAUUGCAGUGAAGACGACUGUUCGGAGCGUACCGCGGAGGACGAGGAGGCAGAGGUGGUUGCGAUGUUGGAUCGCGAAAAGGACGAAUGCUUUUUCAUCUGGUGA